AGCCCUAAUCUAAUCGCCGUGUUUUUUGAUUUCCUCGUUUUUCCUCUUCUCCUCGGCUCCGAUUCCCGGCUCUCCUCGCCGUCAUUUAAUCGCCGUUUCUCCUCCCAAUCAGUAUAAUGGUCAGAGGAAGGGAUGCUUGUUGGGAGCAUUGUGUCUUGGUUGAUGCUACGAGGCAGAAGGUUAGAUGUAACUAUUGCCACCGUGAGUUUAGUGGAGGAGUUUAUAGAAUGAAGUUCCAUUUGGCUAAAAUCAAGAACAAGGACAUAAUCCCAUGCACUGAAGUGCCGGAUGAUGUGAGGGAAAUGAUUCAUUCUGUACUCAGCACUCCCAAAAAGCAAAAAGCUGCCAAGAAACCGAAGAUGGAUGUAGUACAAAAUGAUAAACAGAAUAGUUCAUCCGCCAGUGGUGGUUUUGCAGCUAAUAAUGCUGCAUCGAGUGACCAGCAGGGAAGCUCUUGUCCGUCCUUAUUACUGCCCCGCCAAUCACCGAGUAAUCAACAUGCAGUAGAUGACCCUGAAAAAAAGCAUGAUGAUGCUGACAAGAAGAUCGCUCUUUUUUUCUUUCAUAAUUCCGUUCCUUUUAGUGCUUCCAAAUCAAUUCAUUAUCAAGCUAUGGUAAGUGCAAUAGCAGAGUGUGGGGUAGGUUACAAGGCUCCAAAUUUUGAUCAACUGAGAUCAAAUCUUUUGAACAAAGUGAAAGGGGAAAUAUACGAUACUCAUAAAAGGGUGCAGGAUGAUUGGCGUGAGACUGGCUGCACUAUUUUGUUGGACAGCUGGUCAGACGGUAGGUCGAAGUCAAUCUUAGUUUUCUCUGUCACAUCACCAAAAGGGACGCAGUUCUUGAAAUCAGUAGACGUGUCAUCUCACUCAGAUGAUGCUUAUUAUUUAUUUGAGUUGCUUGACUCAGUUAUUAUGGAGGUGGGUGUCGAGAAUGUUGUGCAAGUCAUAACAGAUAGCGCAACGACUUAUGCUUGCGCGGGAGGGCUACUAUUAAAGAAGUACCCCUCGAUAUUUUGGUCUCCAUGUGCUUCUUAUUGUAUUGAGAAAAUGUUGGAAGAUAUCAACAAGCAGGAAUGGGUUAAAUCUGUCCUGGCGGAGGCAGGGAUCAUAGUGCAUUUCAUCUACAGUGAUGCAUGGGCGUUGGAUAUGAUGAGGAAAUUUAACGGAGGGAUGGAAUUGAUGCGACCUAAACUCAAUAGUUUUGUAACUCAUUUUCUUUCCUUGAGGUCCAUUGUGGUUCAAGAAGACAACUUAAAGCACAUGUUUUCUCAUGCGGAUUGGUUGUCAUCUAUCUAUAGCCGAAGGUCUGAUGCGCAACAGAUCAGGUCAUUGUUGUUUUCAGAAAGAUUUUGGAGAUCCGCCCGUGAAGUUGUUGGUGUGUCAGAGCCCCUCAUAAAACUUUUGAGGAUUGUUGAUGGUGACAUGCCGGCUAUGGGAUAUGUGUAUGAAGGUGUAGAAAGGGCAAAACUGGCUAUUAAGAUGUUCUACAAGGGCUGUGGAGAGAAGUAUCUGCCUGUUUCGGAAAUUAUUGAGAGGAGGUGGAACAUGCAACAUCAUUCACAUUUACACACUGCCGCAGCAUUCUUAAACCCCUCUAUUUUCUAUAACCCAAACUUCAAGUUCGAUGCGAGUAUGAGAAAUGGUUUCCAUGCAGCCAUGUGGAAAAUGUUUCCUGAAGAGAAAGAGAGGGUAGAACUCACAAAAGAGCAGCCAUUGUAUUUAAAUGCACAGGGUGCCCUCGGGAGUGAAUUCGCCAUCAUGGGACGGACAUUGAAUGCACCCGGCGACUGGUGGGCGGCCUACGGUUAUGAAGUUCCCGUGUUGCAGAGGGCUGCCAUGCGGAUUCUUAGCCAACCUUGCAGUUCAUAUUGGUCCAAAUGGAAUUGGAACAUGUUUGAUCAUCUUCAUUCAAAGAAAUGCAACAAGUUAGAACUAGAAAAACUCAGUGAUUUAGUCUUUGUACAUUGCAAUCUCCGACUACAGUCUAUCAGUCAGAACUUGGAAAAGAAGAACAAACCCAUUAACUUUGAUGAAGUAGAUGUUUGUUCCGAGUGGCCUACAGAGUCUGAAGCUUCAUCCCUUAUGUUGGAUGAUACCUGGUUGGACAACUUACCUUUCGAGUGUAAAGCUAGUCAAUAAACUUGAGAAACAUGUAUGUAUAAGAAACUGAAUUCUUCAAGUGGAGCAUGUGAUUUGCUGGGAAUGCGAGUUGGAAGAUUUGUGGCAGUGGCCACCACACCCUGAAGGUAAAACCUUAAAGAGAGUUGCACAUAUAUAUAUAUAUAUAUUAUUCCUUUUUCUUCUGUAUAUUUUGUGCUAAAUCAGUUCAGCUUUCAUCAUAUAUUUUCAUUUGUUAUAUUGAUCAUGCCCUGAUCUCCACUUGAAUCUUUGAAAUUUUCUAAAAUUUUCCGAUU